AUAGAAUUUAAAAAAUGGAACCAAACAGCAGCUCUAAAAGCUCUGGCAAAGGAGAUGACCUCAUCGAAAAGUUCUACCAAGAUAUGAAGAAAAACAACGCCAUAGAGCUAGACUAUCAUGAAGAAGAUAAGUUUGACGAGCAAAAUCAUUCAGGAACAGAGCAAAGCCCAGAAAGAGUCCUCAGCGUCGAUUCUGAUUUCGAAGAUGAACACGAGGAAGAGACAAAGGAGGAACUUAAGAUCGCUCAUGGCGAAUUCCAAGAUGACAAUAAUUAUGAUAAUGUACUUCAAGAGAUGAUAGAUUUAGUCGAGAAUAAACCUAAGUUACCAGAUCAGCAGUCAUGGGAGGAUGAACCUCCUGUAGAAAAUCAUAUCGAGCUUUAUUCAAAUGAAUACAAGCCGAAGAAGCGAAAGAAAAUUAAGCUAGAACUUCUUGAGCCAAUGACUAACCCAGAGUUCACAGUGUUGAACAGAGAGCAUCCACAUCCAUCUUCUAUAUUUUGUAAAAUUAGCAAAAUUGAUAAAGACUCUUUAUACGAUACUGUUGACAAAAAGAACAAAACUAGAUUUUCGAAUUUACCGAAGAAGGCACCUAAGGGAAACCUUCCUGUCACAUUCCAUAAGAAGAUAAAAUCUUCAGGAUAUGGGACUAAACCUGAAGCACUGAAAUAUAGCAAGACAAAGCAGAAGAAGAAGCCUGAGUCGAAGCUAUUCGUCACUAGGGAUUGAUACACAGCUCCUUGCCCAGCAGAGAUCCCUGAGGAGACUAGCUUUCUGUGUAAGAAUCCAACCCAUACAAAGCCUGUGACUAAGAUCCAGUAUAGUAAUAAUGGAGGCUUAUUGGCCUCUGCUGGGCUAGAUAUGACUAUUUCGGUGCUAAAAGCGCCAACAUUCAUGGACAGUUAUAGUACUUCAAACUUCUCUGGUCAUGAUGCUCGAGUAAAUUCAUUAGAUUUCUCAACCAAAGAUGAGUACCUUCUUUCCUCAUCAGCUGACAAAUCAGUAGUAAUGUGGUCAAUCGACUUUAAGAGAGGAAAGAAAGCUCUAGUGAUCAACAGAGUCAACAGUAGCCUUUCUGAUGAUGCCAAUGCUUAUAAAAAGAAGGCUGAGAAGGAGAACCCUGAGUUUAAACAUGAGAUCAAGAAGGCUGCCUUUUACUACAACGACAGAUUUGUCACACUUUGAUCAGGAAAUUCAUUGUAUUUUAACAUUUAUGAACUUUCUAAUAAGAAUUGUAAGGAUGACAUCAAGAGGCUCCAGUCUAAAGGAGCUUACAAGAUGGUGCAGAAAUAUGAAAAUCCUGAAGCCCACAGCAUUGUGUCUUAUACCCUUCAUAAUGACUUGAAAUCACACUUAUGCAUCUUGGGUUGCUCAAAUAAGGAACUUAUAGUGUACGAUGUGAACUACAAUAAAGAAGUCAGCUCAACUUUUGAUAGUGAAGGAAAUCAGAUUACUUCUGGAUUCCCUGAUCUUCAUGAUAAAAUGAUCCAUACUUUGGAAUUUUUCAAGGGAAAUAACAGAGAUGAUCCAAACUGUUACAACCUGUUUAUGACAUCAAGUACAGAUAAUUUCAUCAGGGUAUGGGACAUCCGAAGUUGCCAGCCGGUCAGAGAGUUCAAUAGCCAUGUUAACAGAGGGAACCCCAUCGGAUGAGGGAUUUCAAAUUGCCUUAGAUACCUUAUAACUGGCUCUGAGGAUCGAGCGGUCUAUAUCUAUGAUUUAGGUCAAGGAAAACUCCUUGAAAAGACAAAGAACUCCGAUCAUCUUGAUAGCGUCUGAGAUAUCUCUAUAAACCCUAAUUAUUAUGAAUGGGCAACAGGAUCAUAUGAUGGACAUGUCAGAGUUUAUAGACACCCAUCUAAGAAGAAAAAGGCAACUACAAAGAAUUAUGGAGGUGGAGGCAUGAGGACCUCCAGCGCUGCUCAAAAAGCUCCCAAGCAAAGGACCUCACACCAAGCUACAAGAGUGAUGGAUCGGGAUGCAUGGUAGAAUCUGAUAAUAUCUUAAUCCGGCGUUCAAUUCUAGGC